AUGACCCGGAUCGAAGGUGAAGCGCAUGUCAUCCGAGCAGCGCCCAAGGGCUUUCCCUCACUGGAGGAAGAGACACUACAACACCUCGAAGGGAAGGUGUAUAUCGUCGGCGCCAACGAGUACGGUCUGACCCGUCUCGUGGAGGAAAGCAUGAACGUCUAUCACAGGUUGCGACGCGCAGUGUUUUGGACGAACAGGAUCAGUGACGGCCUCGACGUCGUCGUCAAAUUCUUUAUUGAACAACACCCCAUCCUCACCACCGUAGACCCACACCGGGGCAUCUUCAACCGGCUCGGGCGCACCGCAAUCGAAGACGACUUCCAAGCACUCGAGGCCACGGAAGAUUUGAACGGCGUCCCCCACAUUCUCGAUCGUAGUCGCAGCAGCGGUGAGGUGGUGCAAGGCCCGGAUUUUGAGUAUCCCGGGGGCAAGCUGGACAUCGUGGCUAUGACCCGGCUGCCUGGAUAUCCGCUGAAUUUCUUUGAAGGGCGGCUUGAGCCGUGGGAAGGGGAUCAUGUCAAGGGUGAAGUGCUGCGGAUUGUCAGGUAA